AAAUAUCUCACACCAUAUAGGAACAGAGACUGACAGUGACUCACAUACAGUGAAUGACACAAUCACACACUGUAGAAAUCGAGACCAUAUUGUUGAGGCAUUGGAGAAGUAAUGAGAAGACUGGAGAUGUCCAGUAUCAGGCUGGUGACUCUGUUGGUGGUGAAGCUGUGCUUGGCACUAAAUGAUGACGAAAAGAGAAUUAUUUUGGAAAAACAUAACUUCUAUCGAUCCCAGACUGAGCCUUCUGCAUCAGACAUGAUAAAACUGACGUGGGACACUGCUUUAGAAAAGCUGGCUAAAUCCUAUGCGGAGAAGUGCAUCUGGGAACAUAACAAAGACAGAGGAUUUAUUGGAGAAAAUCUGUUUGUGAUGUCUGGGUCAUCACUAGACGUGGUGUUAGGUCUGGAUGACUGGCACAAAGAGAGGGACUACUAUAACUUUACUACAGGAACAUGCCAGGAAGGACAGAUGUGUGGACACUAUACCCAGGUGGUCUGGGCUGGGACAGAACGGGUCGGAUGUGGCCAGAAAUUCUGUGAGAAGCUUGAAGGUGUUGAUGACGAAAACAUGUACCUGUUGGUGUGUAACUAUGAACCACCGGGGAAUUUUGAAGGAGAGAGCCCCUACAAAGAAGGCAUUAGAUGCUCCGAGUGUCCCCCUGAUCACGUCUGCCUGGAUUCUUUGUGCCUGAAAAUGAAAGACAUGGAAAAGGCCAGUACUGUAGUAGUGGAUUCCUCAACAGCAACCAGUACAAGCCUUGAAGGCAUAUACACGGAGAAAACACAAACUAAUCCAGUAGAGGUAAUGGAAUAUACAAGUCCAACUCUUCCUACUCAGCUAAUGCAUAAUAGCAGAACAAAAGUCUUCUUCACAACAACAGAAAGCUCCACCUCAAAGAAGAUCUCAGAAGGAAUUGGGAUAAGUGUUGCCUCUACCCAAGGAUCUGAAGAUUUUAGGACAACACAGAAAAUACAAGAGAGUGAUCCAACACAACUGCAUAGGAUUGGCUCCACAGGUUCUACCCAACAGGGUACAAGUCCUUAUUUUGUAAAGGGUGUAUCCACCUCUGCUCAGCCACCAGCACUUAGCCAGUUACCUCUCAUACCAGAAUCAAGUGCAAAAGUUCUUACAGAGAAAACACUGCCAAAGUCUGUGCAUUCAGCUCCUCAGCCAACACAUGGAACCUUGACUUCAGAUAAACCUUUGGCCAAUAAAGCAAUUACCCAACCAGUAGUUAAGAAAACAGAAAAACAGAAGGAUGAGCCCUUCCAACCACUAAUAAAGACAUUGAUCUCUUCGAGUCAAUCAAACCCCAAGGCUAAAGAUAAUGUCUCUCGGUCAUCGGCUUCAGCAGGCCAAAGCAAAACUGACCAAUACAAAGCAAAUUCUAAAGCCAAAAUUACCUCGAGACUGGGGAAACCCUCAACUGCACAGAAACGGUUCUACCAAUCCAUCAACUCAGAUAAAACCCACUUUGACAGUUCUGUCUAUAGACCUGCGAAGCACAGACCCAACUGUCCAUUUCCCUGUGUCAAUCAGGCAAUGAAGUUUUCAGUGAUCUUCCCGCUUUACAUGACAAAUAAUGUGAGCCCUGUUGGAGCCAGGGACCACAAAUGGUGGAAAAUACCAAAUUCUUCAAAAAACCCAAGCCACAAAAGACCCUGCAAGCCAACAGGCUAUAAGAGAGGAAUGUAUAGCUUGUACAAACCAAAACAAAAGUCAAAUUGGGACAGUCUUGAAAACAUCAUUGGCUCAGGCAAGGCCUAAAAAGCACUGUUCAGGAAAUAUUUGGACGUUUCCUCCAAAACUGAGCAUCCGCCUACAGUUUGCUCCAGGAAAUAAGAUAUAGCUCUCAUCAACUCAA